UAGAGUUUCUUACUUUGACAACUUCGUAGAACCGAAGACUGCUCUGUGCUUACUGCUUGUUGUCAUAUGUUCCAAGCUGUUAUUGAAUAAGCUUUCUUAUCCAGAUUCCAACAUUUUCACCGAGCUCUGCUGAACAUUUUACAAGCAUGCUUCGGGCUUUGUGCUCCGCCGCUUGCGGUGUUACGCAGCGCACUAUUUAUUCCAGUACACUGUGUCUAGGACUGCCCAUGAGUUCCCCCUCUGGCUACAUAUCGGCCCGCUCCAUUGGGUCAAUGAGCUUUUUCAAUCACCACACUGGUGAACAACUAUGGAAAAGCGCUACAUCAGUCAGUAAUGCUGGAAAAAAGCGAGGGCGUGCCAGAGGGAGGAAGAUGAUCAAGAACCUGAACAGAGGACAAGUCAUCGGUUUGGGGCCGAUAAAUAUGAUGUGGCCUGGCUUGACUGCGCCCGCCAUUCGGGGACGCGAAAUGGUGCGAGUGCAGGACCUUGGACCUAGUCCAGAACGCAGGGAGCGCUUAUACAAGCUGCGGGACUCCAUUGAGAAAUUCCGUACGCUGAAAGUCGAUCCUUUGGAACGCGGAUGGAGUGGAACGAGAAUGCCUGGGAGAAGCAUUGGACCGCCUGAUCCCAUUGGUGAAGAAAGCUUUGGACAGUUCGAUUGUAAAGUUUUGGAGAUGAAGCAGGUCGCCAACAUGACAGGAAGUCUUGGGCGUGUGAGACGUUUUAGUAUUUUGGUCGUGACGGGCAAUAAGAACGGAUUGGUUGCCACAGCCUUGGCCAAAGCCAUUGAUGCUAAGAAUGCCUUACGCAAAGCACGAAAUUCGUCCAUUCGGAAGUUGCGUUUUAUUGAGCGAUUUGAAAAUCGAACGGUAUAUCAUGAUUUUCAACAUCAGAUUGAUUCCACUGCUGUUUUCGUGAAGCGUAUGCCGCCAGGCACUGGGGUGGUCGCUCAUCGAGCAAUCCGAACGAUUUGCGACGUUGCUGGCAUCAGCGACUUAUAUGCAAAAACCGAAGGCCGGAUGAAUUUGCAAAAGAUCGUUAAGUGUUUCUUAGCCGGAGUGAUGAACCAGGAAGUCUAUCAGCAGCUGGCCGAACGGAAACGCAUGCACGUCGUAGAAUUCCGUCCAGAGAACAAGAACUUUCCUAUUGUGUUAGCCUCGCCAAAGAACCAUGCUGUUCGCCAAGAUGCCAGUGAAAUUGAUCCCGACGAGAAUCUUCGGUUUGACGAGAUGUACAAUGAAGGAAAGGUCUGUAAAGUAAAGCCCAAAAAAGAGCCGCAUUACACACGCUAUCCAGAUUGGCCAGCUAUACUGCGACAGAUGGAACGCGAACGGAAUCAUCAUCAGCUUAAGGUGCGCUGCUGGAUGGACAAGGAGCUGAAUCCUUCGACACUGUAUGAGGAUUUUCCUGCUCCUGACCAAGAAUAUGUCCGCCCUGCCAUACCCAAACCGAAAGAACGAUUCAGGAUUGUUCCAUCUCAGCUUAAACGAAUUGGCGGAGCUCUUCAUGGAGUUGUUAAACCGAGAACCCCGAAUGCACCUCCUGUUUAACAUAACUAUGCCGUAUUUUUAUGUGUUGUUUUGGAUAAUUUUAUUGUCUUAGCACAUUGUGUAAUAUACAUGCUGGUCAAAUGAAACAAAAUCUAUAGAAGUACGUACGUAAGUCGUAAAGGCGAUUGGUGUUGGUUUAAAAUAUUAUCUUCGUACCUGGUGCUUAGUUUUUUUUGU